AUUAGGCCCGAGUGGCAACUGAUGAAAUGCAACUUCGUAGUCAAAUUUCCAUCACAUAAAGAGAGCAUCAGGCCAUGAGCUCCGAGCAGACAGCUGGCAGACGGACUGACUGCAGCUCCACUGCCGAUGCCUGUGUUGAGCCGAGCGGUGCAGAUGCGCUGUCUGGGUCCUCCGUCUGGAGUGAAGCCUCUCUGAACUAAAACCAGAGGAACCAUGGACAAUCCAGAGAGGUGUGCCUGUACUGCUCAGGGGUGAGGAGGAGAGCAGUUGAGGAGGAGGAGAUGGGCUGCACCUCUGCCAAGCAGGUGUCUGCCGUGCCCAACGGUGAGGAGGGCCAGAAUAAAGCCUACAGCAACGGGGACCUCCUCUCAGAUGAGUACAAGAUGAAAGGAGUGGAGAAAGUCAAGUACAUCAGUGGAGAAGAGGGAGGCGUGGACGGCCAGGACAGCACAGAGAAGAGUGCUCUCCUCGGUAAAGGUCAACACAUCGAUGAAACAGGGUCGAACGGAAAUGGAAAGAUUCUGAUCAUCCACUCCUCAGAGAGUCAGCAGGAAUUCUUCAGGAUGUUGGACGAGAAAAUUGAAAAAGGCCAGGACUACUGCUCAGAGGAGGAACGCAUGACAUAGCACUGUGCUCGUCUCCAUCGGUCCAAUGUGAAGAGUGUUACAGACGGACCGUACCAUGUGCUACCACGUGGGGGGGGGGGGGACUGUCCCUUGUAU